CCGACUGUGAGCCCAGACGGAGAGCAGCCUCGCGACCAGCUCAGCGCCGCUCCGACGCUUAACCGGUCAGCUAACCAGUUAGCUAACCAGUUUAACUAGUCGCUGGAUUUAAAGGGAUAACUUGAGUAGCUUCUGGAGCUCGUGCCGUCUGUCUCAAAGUUGCCUGGCAGUACAGCGGUCCUAUGAUGGAGGAGCUUCACGAUGUCCAGCUGACUGAGAUCAAACCACUCCUGACAGGACAGAAUGGGAGAAAUCUCCAGGACUUCGACUGUCAGGAGCACGAUGUGGAGACAGCCCACGGUGUGCUGCACGUUACCAUGAGGGGCGUUGCUAAGGGCAACCGACCCACAAUCCUCACCUACCAUGACAUCGGACUUAACCAUAAGUCUUGUUUCAACAGUCUGUUUAACUACGAGGACAUGCAGGAAGUGACACAGCAUUUUUCAGUUCUGCAUGUUGAUGCUCCAGGACAGCAGGAGAACGCUCCCAUAUUCCCCACCGGGUACCAGUACCCCACCAUGGAUGAGCUGGCUGAGAUGCUGCCGUCUGUCCUCACACAGCUACAGGUGAAGAGUGUGAUGGGUAUCGGGGUUGGAGCUGGAGCCUACAUCCUCACCAAACUGGCUCUGAAUGAGCCCAGUCUGGUGGAGGGUUUAGUCCUGAUCAACAUUGACCCCUGUGCCAAAGGCUGGGUGGACUGGGCUGCCUCUAAGCUGAGCGGCUGGACGAGCAACUUGGUCGACAUCAUCAUGGGACACCACUUCAGCACUGAUGAGUUAACGGAGAAUAAGGAGAUCAUCCAGACGUACAGACUGCACAUCUCUCAGGAUAUACCCCAGGACAACCUGGCUAUGUUCUACAGCAGCUACGACAGUCGUACUGAGUUGCAGAUGGAGCGGCCGGUCCCUGGUCUGAACGAAAACUCGGUCACCACACUCAGGUGUCCUGCUCUGCUGGUGGUUGGAGACACGUCGCCUGCUGUUGAUGCUGUGGUGGAGUGUAACUCCAGACUUAACCCCACCAAGACCACCCUGCUCAAGAUGGCAGACUGUGGAGGACUUCCUCAGGUGGUGCAGCCUGGAAAACUCGCAGAGGCCUUCAAGUAUUUUGUGCAGGGGAUGGGCUACAUGCCCACAGCAGGUAUGACCCGGCUGGUUCGCUCCAGGACCCACUCGGCCUCCAGCGUUGGCUCCACCGACGGCGUCCGGAGCCGCAGUACCACCAACACACUGCCAGAGGGCGCUAACACCACCAGCCCGGAGCAUACAGCACCAGACACCAUUGAAAUGAGCGCAUAGGACUGUUCCUUGUCCCUCCCCUCACAUGCUGUGUUGACCUGAACCUGACGGCGCAGCCACACAGUCCUGCUGUUUUACUGUACACGUUCUUCCCAAAUUAAUGAAAAGGUCACUAACAUCAUUUAACGUAGAGACGCUCAGAUAUCUUCCCGCUGAGUUUAGGGAGUGUAGAUUUGACCUGCGUCCGCCAUGUUGGCUCCGUUAUCCUUCGCUCUUUAGGAUGCUGACGGUGGUCUGUAGUUCCCCUCCUCUCUGGAGCCAAACGGUUGCCAUGGUGACGCUGUAGAUGUAACUUUGUUCUGAUAGUUGUUCAUGGUGGUGCUGUUGGUUGAUAUGGAACUAGUUUCUGAAAAAGACAAACCUUUUUUUUCCGACUUGUAAAGUUACAGUAACCUUAAAGGAAUAUUUCACCAAACCCAACGGUUUAUUUCAGAAUAAUCUUUACAUCCGGUUCUUUUCCCUCAAGUUCCGUUCUUCAUGAGGAUCCAGGGGAAUUUGAUGACAAGUUUUACAUCAGCAAAACAAAUAUGAAGAAACCCUCAGAUAAUAAGACUGAAUGAUCUGUGACAGGUUUUAAACGACGAGCUGUCGGUCCGUCUCUUUGAAUCAGAAACAGAAGCUCGUCUCAGUAACGUUUUCAGAAACAUGAGAGGCUUUAGGCCCAGUUUGUUCCUCUCACCUGUUCAUCAUCACACUCCAGUCACAGCGUCUGUUUCUCUGAACAUACCUGACAGCCUUUAAACCAGUCACAGCGCCGGUUAACAUCACUAACCGCUGCUCGGUAAUCAUCCACACACGGUUAGAAUCCGGUUUUCUGUUCCAAACGAAGAUGAUGUGGACCAAAAUGAAAAGUUUGUUAAUGAUCAUGUUGCUCUCUGAUAUUUUUCAUUCAUGUUCUGACAGAGAUCGUUUAUAUUUUCACUUCCAAAAUGAGCAGAGAGAUGUGCGACAGAUGUGCGACAGAUGUGUGGCAGAUGUGUGACAGAUGUGUGAUCCAGCAGCAGACUCAGAGGAGUCAGGAGAUCCUUCAGAACAGACAGAUGUUAAAGAACCGUCAGUAAAACUGAAGCUUAGUCCUGUGACCUGAGUGUGAUGUGACAACGUUAGAGGCACAAACUGGGACUGACCGUGUCCACCAGUUUCUUCAUGUGUUCAUAUUUUCAUUGGUACACUUUUCCUGACGUGAGUGUUUCCUCUGUGGUGACACCGGAUACUCACUCAGACUGAGGAUUUCAUUCAGCUCAGUUUAUUUCAUACACACAUUUAAAACGACAGCUUCAGGAUGUUUGAGUCUUAGAUGUUCAGAUGCUGAAGCAGGACUUUGAGUUUGAAUUGUGUCAGCAGUGGCUGCUGCUGUUAUUUCUGAUAAACUGAUUUCCAAUCGUUCCCAGGUGAAUUACUGAUCGAUCCUCUGAUGCAGAUGUUGAAACCAGCCCUGACCUGUUACCUCUUCCGUUCCUUCUCUGUUAAUCUACAGGGUUUUUUCUUUCUGAAGCCGCCUGCUCUCUGUUCCUCGGCCUGUUGGCAGCAUGCUCGUUGUGGAGAUUGGCAUGAAAACUGUGCAGUGGUGUAGUGAGUAACUGAUGUUGUCCAGCGGUGAACCCGCCUCUCUCUUCUCGGAGAUGGGGGGUUACACACACCGCCACAUAGACUAAUACCGAACCUAAGCUCUGUGCGUUGUGCUGUUGCGGAUCCAGUUCUCGGUCCUCUGGCCUGGAUCCGGUCUGCAGGGUUUAGCUGAGUCAAAGUGACGGAGCAUUUUUCACUAAUGAUUGAACUGAAAACAGAAACAGCCGUUUUCACCGGGCAGUGAUAGCGUGUUGGUUACUGAUCAUCACGCAGACUGAUGCGGUUUGAUGUGAUGCUCUGACUGUGCGCCGCUGAUUGGAUGAGCUGCAGCUGAGGGUCAGAGUCCUGCUGCUUGUGCUGCUCGUGUGGGCGUGGCCUCUGUAGGCCCAGGUGGUGAUGCUGAACCAGGGGUUGAAAGCUCUGCUCUGCGUCGUGUUGCUGCCCCCUGCUGGAGGACUCAACAACGGAUUCCAGAGCAGGAAAUGAGUCCUGGUGUUUUUGUUUUCAGAAGCACAUGAAGGUUUAGUUUCGUGUAAAAGGACCAGUCUGUACUUAGAUCAUAGCACUGAGGCGUUUCCCGGAUCAGCAGGGCCCACCCACAAACUGUUGCUCUAACGUCACCUGUAGACGAGGCGAAUAUUUAGUUCUUUAUUCUAUAUAUACUCACUGUCUGUUACUGCUGUCAAUAUUUAUUACAACUGUUACUUUGGAGAUUUGUACUGAAGCGUCAGUAGCUGAUCUGUUACACUGAGGCUUGUUCUCUCUAGAUGUUGUUCCAUGACUUUUACUGUAAACGAGGUUUGUAACGAAAUAAAGUUUGGUAUU